UAUUGGAGGGAGAGUACCUCUUUACUAAGUUAGGCGACUGCUAAAUGAAUUGCCGGCCACUUAUAUGCUCUUAACUUUGAUUUAUCCAUCUUUUUGUCCGCAACGUGUGAUAUGAUUCUCCAGUUUUUCAAUAUAACCCAUUUUUCCACCACUCCAAAACCAACCUUCUCUCCCGAGGUUAAGGCUCUAAACAACCAUGGCUAACUUGAUGAAAUACCCAUCUCCUCUGUUUCUCUUAAUGUCCUUUGCUCUUGUAUUUCCAUCUCUAUGUGCACCAGAGGACCAAAUUACAUCUUGCUUAACUACACAUGACAUAAACAACUUCACUACGUUGCCUAGCACAAAAAAAGAUGACGACUCAAAAACAUACUAUAAGAUCCUUGAUUUCUCCAUUCAAAACCUUCGCUUCACAGAACCAACAAUUGCCAAGCCAUUAGCCAUUAUCCUACCUGGGAGUUUAGAUGAGUUAGUCAAGAGUGUGAUGUGUUGUAGGGAAGGGUUGUUAGAAAUAAGGGUAAGGUGUGGUGGGCACAGCUACGAGGGGACUUCAUCAGUAGCUAAUGAUAGAGCUCCUUUUGUGAUUGUAGACAUGAUGAAUCUGAACAAAGUUUCAGUGCAUUUGGAGACAGAAACGGCAUGGGUGGAAGGAGGUGCAACCCUUGGUGAGACUUACUCAGCUAUUUCUGAGGCAAGCAGCAUUCAUGGGUUCUCAGCUGGAUCAUGUCCGACUGUUGGAGUAGGUGGUCAUAUUGGAGGAGGUGGAUUUGGGCUAUUGUCUAGAAAGUAUGGACUUGCAGCAGAUAAUGUGGUUGAUGCCCUUCUUAUCGAUGCCAAUGGAUGUUUGUUAGACAGAAAAGCCAUGGGAGAGGAUGUGUUUUGGGCUAUUAGAGGUGGCGGAGGAGGUGCAUGGGGCAUUAUUUAUGCUUGGAAAAUAAGGUUGCUGAAAGUGCCCGAAGUUGUCACUGGUUUUAUAGUCUCCAGACCUGGCACAAAAUACCAAGUAGCCGAGUUAGUGAAUGGUUGGCAAGGGGUAGCACCCAGCAUGGAUGGAGAUUUUUACUUGUCAUGCUUUGUGGGAGCCGGUCUGCCAGGGACAAAAACUAGAGGAAUAUCGGCUACAUUUAAAGGGUUUUAUCUUGGUCCGAGAAAUGAAGCUGUAUCUAUCCUAAAUCAAGUUUUUCCUGAGCUGGGUAUUGAAACAGAAGAUUGCAAAGAAAUGACUUGGAUAGAAUCAAUCCUAUUCUUCUCUGGCUUAAGUGAUGGAAGCUUAGUGUCCGACUUGAAAAAUCGGUAUACAGAAGAGAAGAACUACUUCAAGGCCAAAUCAGACUAUGUGAAGAGAAAUAUUUCAUUCGAGGGCAUAAGAACAGCUCUAGACAUACUUGAAAAGGAGCCUAAAGGGUAUGUCAUCUUGGACCCUUACGGAGGGAUUAUGCACAAUAUAAGCAGCGAUGCCAUUGCCUUCCCUCACAGAGAGGGUAACCUUUUCACAAUUCAGUACCUGGUGGAAUGGAAAGAGAGAGAUGACAACAAAAGCAACGACUACAUUAACUGGAUAAGAGAAUUUUAUAAUGCAAUGACACCCUUUGUGUCCUUCGGUCCGAGGGCUGCUUAUAUCAAUUAUAUGGACUUCGACCUUGGAGUGAUGGAGUUGCUUCACGACAAAACCAGUAUGGUUCCAACAAGAGAUGCUGUCGAGGUUGCUCGGGUUUGGGGAGAAAAGUACUUCUUGAGAAACUACGAUAGGUUGGUUGAAGUCAAGACAUAUAUUGAUCCAGACAACGUUUUCAGUAAUCAACAAAGCAUCCCCCCUGCGGUGUCCUCGGCGGUGAGUUUCAGAGCCGAGAUUUAAGUAUAAAACAGGUUUGUGCUCGAAACCAUUAAAUCCAAAUCUCUUAGCCGUAUUAAUUAGAAUAUCAGACAUCUUGAGAUACUUAUUAUUCUCUUCUGUGUGAGUGUGCUGUAUAUGUUAAUUUCCUUCUCUUGUUGUCAUCCUUCUUGUAUAUAUAUUUUGUGUGAUGUGGGUUGGAAUUUGAUCAGCACUCCGGCUUCUAUGGGGCCUCGCUCUCAC